AUGGCGACAAUUACGAAUCAAAAAGACCUUGUCGUGAAUCUCAAAAGAGAGACUUUUCUUAAUGUGAGGGUUUUGAGUAAAUUACGGCCAAUGCCGAUAGAGUUAUCGCGACUUGUUCUUAAGGAAAAUGCAGUGGAGAAGCCCACUCAAAACUUGUUCAACCAUUUAUCUUAUUAUUUGGUAGCAAUCAUAGACGUUCAAGUUGCUGAUAAAUUUUCAUGGCCUUUAUAUGACUCGAAAAGCGAAAAACUAUUCAGAAGCCAGCUGUCCGUGUUUAUUAACGACUAUAGCGCGAAAGGAUUGUUGUCUCCUGUAAUGUCAUCGUAUUUGGUGAACCCUGGAUGUUAUAAAGUGAUUAUGCUUAUGUUUCAAAUGUCACAGCUAGCUGUACAACGUGUACUCGUAGCUAAAAUCGUUAAAGACGAUAAAAAAGUGCUAUAUAGAACAGUUACUGAAAAAUACAAUUGUGAGAGUGGAGAUAUUUUUGAAGAUACCAAUAAAGAAGUGAAGGUUGUUGUAAAAAAGCUUUCUGAUUACCAAAAAAAGAGAUGUGCUAUGGAGAAAAUUGCGUCUGUUUUCACUGAAAGAAUUGUUAGUAUGGAAAAAACAAUUUCAUCAUUGAACGCCCAGAAGUUUAUAGAUGAUUUAGUUGAUAAUUAUAUUAAUAAAAAUUCUUUAGAUGAGGCUACUAAGACUGAGAUAUCAGAUAUUAAAAAUGUGCAGCGUCCAGCACCUUUCUUUGAUAACUGGUUACAUUAUGUUGAUGGGACCGUUAAAGAAAUGGUGUCCAAAUGGGGUGAGAAAGUAGCACCAAUGCUGAAAGUAUGUACUGAGUGCGAGAGAAAUACUGCUGCCCUUAUUGGGAGAUACACAGGAGAAGCUGACCGUAGCUCAUAUGUGGUUGAAUACAAUCAUACAACAGAUGAAAUGUGCACAAGUGAAUUAGAAAAUCAAGUGAACAGUCAACAGAAGUAUAUCCUCAAAAAUAUAGUAAAAAAUGAAGUAUUAUAUUUCCCUAAUCUGAUCAAAAGUUAUUUGAUAUCGGUCUGUUUUAUUCUGAAAAACAACGAGAUCGGUCAUGAAAUAUACAAGUUUAAUGAAUAUUUAGAAACCGGAAAUAGGAAUUAUAGUGAAUUAGUGUCUGCUCUGAAAAUGCUUAAUAAUAGGAUACUGAAUACAGAAGCUAAGCUACAGCCAUCAAGAUUACCGUUUGCCCAAUCAGUGACAUUGAAAGAAUUUGGAAUACCACCACUUCCUGAUCUCACAGGCUUAAAAGCAAACAAAGAGAGCACUGGACAAAUACUUUUUGAUACUUUCACACCUCUAAGAAUGUCGAAACAUCAAUUUAACUUGCGAAGGAAGAAUAACUCUUUUAGUUUUAGCAAACCAGAGUUGAAACCCUUGAUUACUCCAUUCUGUCAAGCACCCAGAGACAACUUCUUUAACAGCCUUAUAUCUUGUCGUAUUAGCAACUACGAUCGGCCAAAUGUAAGUACUAAUUUCAACAAUAUCUCAAUGAUAUCACAAGCCAACAGUAGAGGUAAUGAUACAAUAGCUGAGUGUUCUGCUGGGUUUACAAAGCAACAAAUUAUGAGGUUACUUUCAACCAAAAAGUCCAGUAGUUCAAAGAAAUUUAAGUAUUCAAUUGAAAGACCGAAUAUUAAUGUUAAAAAGGGUGGUCUAUUUAAUGAAUCAAAUGUAUCUAAUGAGAACUACGCUUUAUAUAGGAGUCAUUCUUCACCUGAUCUUUUUGAAAAUCGGGAAAGGAAGUGUUUUGUGAAAGGUAGCAGAAGAAAACUUUCUGUUAUGCAAGAAGACAGUCCAUCACUCUUAGAGGUAUCGGGUAUAGCUGCACUAGAGAAAGAUGACACAUAUGGUACCCCAGAUGGAGUUGUUGGUUUAGAAAAUUCUAGAAAAUUGAUAGAUGCUGCGAGUCUUCCUGUUAUUAACAUUUUACAAGAACAGGAGAAGAGAGUGGAAAAGGUUUUCAAUGAAAUUGAGGAAGAUUUAACUUCAUUUAAAUCUCCAACUUAUUUAAAUAAAAUUGAGCAUGAGUGUCCUGAAUUGAAACCUGUAUUAAAUGAGCCUAGAAGGAGUUUUGAUAUCAAAGACGAAUCAAAGACCGAAACACCUAAAACAAAUGCACAGUUGAUUAGAAAAACAAGUUCCUUGGAAAGAAUAAUAACUAGGUUUAAGAAAGUAAGAGCCAAUGUGUUGCCUGCUGAAGGUAAAGAUGGUGAUGGUGAGAUUACAACUAUUGAUGAAGAAAAAGAGAAUUGCAAUGCUGUCAAUAAGGAUGCGUUCACAGCAGAUAAAAUUUUAUUGCCUGAUCUAUUGAGUCCUAGUUGCAGUGUAUUGAGUAUAAAGUCUACAGACAAUUUAGAUCAGCUGUGUAUGGAUAUGGAUGGAAUAGAAAGCAGGAAGCCUCGUCAAAGUCUUGGUACUGCACUGGGUGUAGACAAAACUAUCUUAGAUCAAUUUGAUUUAAUAGAUUAGUAUUAUUAUUAAAUCGUUGUUAAUACAUAAUUUUACGAGUCAGUAUUAAGACUGAAUAUGUAUUUAAAUAUGAAAUAGUUUUUUAGUGAUAUUGUCAUAAAAAAAUCUAAUAGAUUUUAGUGUAUGUAAAAACCAC